UGACAACUAUAGUGUCAAACGAUUAUCAAGCAAAAAGUGACAAAUAAUUUACCGUAUCGAAAUAUAGUAGUAACCGCGGAUUAGAAUUACUUUGAUUUAGUGGUUUAGGUAUUGAUAUUACAGAAAGAAAUCCAUCAAAAUGCUGAUUAAAGUGAAGACGCUUACAGGAAAGGAGAUUGAAAUAGACAUUGAGCCUACAGAUAAAGUGGAGAGGAUCAAAGAGAGAGUGGAGGAGAAGGAAGGCAUUCCACCACAGCAACAACGUCUUAUUUUUUCCGGGAAACAAAUGAAUGAUGAGAAGACAGCACAAGACUACAAAGUACAAGGAGGCUCCGUCCUCCACUUAGUGUUGGCCCUGCGAGGAGGGCUGUGAUCUGCCUUGUGAUAGUUCCCAUCUUAUAUUUAUAACAAUUAAUUUUAUUUUUCAAGUCUUGUAUAAAGUGAUUACACUGUAAAGUUUCUUUCAAUUUACCUUAAGCCGUGGAGCUUGUAUUUAAGAGAAAAUGUCAGCCAAAACUGUGACCAUUUACUAGAUUGUUUAAAUGAAAUGGCAAGUUGGAAUCUCCAACAGGUCUGUUUGGCUGCAUACCCAAACUUUAUCCAUUGUAACACUUCAUACAAUUGUCUGCAUUUGUCAUCUUUUUAUUUAAAUUUUUAAAAUGAUCCGAGUAUGAUAAUCCUAUAUAUAAAAAGGUGUACUUGAAAGUUUAUAAUUAAAACCAAGUGAUCAUUUGA